UUCUCUCUCCUAUCGUCUCCGUGCGUCCCGAGGAGAGAGAGAGAGAGAGCUAAAAGCCGUAGUAGAAAGUAGAAACGUCUCCCUCGGAGCGAACCAACCCGUUUGGGUCUCCAUUCAAUCUUGUCCGUCCGUUCCCCACCAUCGAACGGUCCUCUCCACUCCCCCCACCAGUGGUUACUCAUUCCCUCCAUCCAGUGGUUUCUCCCCCCAUAAACCCUAGAACCUUCACCUCCGCCCGCCCCCGCAGUCUCCCUCCCUCUCGCUUCUCUCUCCUCGCUCAACAAGAAUUGCGUGACUGCUUCUGAACCUUCUUGUACCUUCGAUCGCACUGUAGGAGGCGAACGCCCGACGAAGAAAUGUCAGAUCGAGUAGUCGAAAUCCUUUCGUUUCGAUUCCAUCGAUAGAAACCUUAGACUGGAUUCAUUCCGAACAUUCAAUUCUCUCUCUCAAUCAAUCUUUCUGGCUCUCUUCUCUUUGCGGUUGAUGAAUUUCUUUGUUUUACCUUGGUGACUUCUGUUUCGUUUUGUUUUUCUCCGCGCGAGUCGGGAUUUCUCGAUGGCCAAUUCGUCGGAGAUCUUUUGUGCAGUGGAUUUUUAUACCAUUUGCUAGUCCGGGUCGGAGCCGAGGUGGCGCGAAUUUUGCGAUUGAGCCUGAAUCCGAGUCCGAGUUUGAGUCUGAGUCUGGGUCUCACUCGGUGAGUCGGGGUUCGGGUCUGGAACUCAGCGAGCUAGUCGGAGGAGGAGUGCGUCGUGGGUGGGUGCCUUUGCCUUGUGGUGACGUGACGGCGAUGCCGUCGGUUGGGAUGAGACGAUCAACGAGGGUUUUGGUGGUGAAGGGUGCAGACGGAGCCAGGGUUUUGAGGUCGGGAAGGCGGUUGUGGCCGGAGUCCGAUGCGGAGAAGCUCGAGAGAGUCGCCAUUGACGACGAAGAUGAAUGGUUGCGGGUAGUUCAGGGGUCUGAGGACGGCGAUGGCGUUCCCAAUUGCAAGGUUAAUGGAUGGAAGCAAGGUGUUACUGCGAUGGACGUUGACGCCGUGGUUGGGGGACCUGAAUCUGUGAUCACCAUGCCCAGUUCGUUGGACGACGAUGAUGGUGCAAAUAGAAUGUGGGGGUUUGUGUAUCGAAGAAAAAGGAAGAUGUCGGGUUGGAAAAGUUGUGAUGCUUCGGAAAAGAAGAAGAGGGCUCUGGAAGACAGGAUGUACGGGAGGUACUACGUGCGGAGACAGCGAAGAGAGAGCAAUAUUGGAAGCUUUGCGGCUGAUGACGUCUCCUGUGUUGUGCGUAGGCGUCAUAAUGCUAUGCUUACUGUUGUGGUUGAUUCAUCUUGUAGUAGAGCUUCUUGGUUGGUGCCAUUUUUGAGUGCUGUUUUGGGGCAUAUGACGCGGGUCAGGUUAAGGUUGAGGAAGCUUUCCGCGUUCUUGAUGUCCACGCCGAUUUGUGAGGUUUUCUCUUCAUAUGGCAUUCAUUUCUUGCUGGAUCCUUCGCCCAACAGCUUUGGAAUCUGCACAAUCUUUGGGGCGAGUUGUUUUGUACCAUUGUUUUCUGUAGAUUUCUCUGCAGUUCCUCAAUGUUUUUUGUACAUGCAAAUAAAUAUGCUUCUUAAGUCCCGGUAUUUUCCAUCUCUUUCUGCAACAUGCUCCUUGGAUGGCGUGGGAGCAGAGGGCGACAUAGAUACCAAUGAUGAUAACCUUUCUUGCAUCACCUCUGUUAGGGACCUUUGUGGAAGCAAAACCAUGCCUGAUGUAAAUGCUGAUUCUGCCAAUAUGGGUGUAUUGAGCCCGAUUGGUGUAACUCCUAAAUUACCUCCCCGAAAUGCACAGCGAAGGAAUGGUUUUAAUUCUAGUAUCCAGACCAGGAGACGUUCCCGAAGGAGGUCAACAAGAGGUAGAAAUUCUUCAUUCGUGAGCAUAAAUAAAGCUAAUGGAGCUUUAGUUCCUAGUUCUUUCAGCACCAGAAGGGAUGGCAUCUCCUUCUCUUUGACGGCAUCUAAUCGUGAGCCUAGGAGUUCAUUUCGUCGGAGUUCCACAGCAAACAUCAAAGAAUUGAAGUCUACCGUGGUUGGAGUAAGGGAGGAUAUAGACUUGAUGUGCUGCUCUGCGAAUAUAUUGGUUUCUGAACCAGACAGGUGUUACCGUGAGGUAGGGGCCAAGAUUAUGCUGGAGUUCUCUGCUUCACUACAGUGGGUUAUUGCAGUUAAGAGCGAUGGAUCAUUGAGAUAUAGCCAUGUUGCACAAAAAGUUAUGAGGCCAUCUACUUCCAACCGCUUCACCCAUUCCACAAUAUGGACAGGGGAAGAUGGUUGGAAGCUAGAGUUUCCCAAUCGGCAGGACUGGUUGAUUUUCAGGGAACUUUAUAAGGAAUGUAGUGCUCGCAAUAUGCAGGCUCCUGCAGCCAAGAUUAUCCCUGUACCUGGGGUAAGGGAGGUAUCAGACUACGAGGAUAGCUACAGUGUCUCUUUCUUCCGACCUGAUUCAUACAUACACUUGAAUGAUGAUGAGGUGUCGAGAUCCAUGGCCAAGAGGACUGCAAAUUAUGAUAUGGAUUCUGAAGAUGAUGAAUGGCUUAACAAGUUCAAUAAUGAGAAGUGUGCAGAGAAUGAGCUUCGUGAUCGCGUGUCAGAGGAAACUUUCGAGUUAAUGGUUGAUGCAUUUGAGAAAGCUCAGUUCUGUAGUCCAGAUGAUUACUCUGAUGAGAAAGCAGCUGUCAAUCUUUGCCUGGAAUUGGCUAAAAGAGAAGUAGUAGAAGCUGUGUAUAAUUAUUGGAUGAGAAGACGGAAGCAGAAACGCUCCGCACUGGUUAAGGUUUUCCAGGGUCAUCAGACGAGGAAAGCUCAGACUCUCCCAAAGCCUGUUUUACGUAGGAGAAGAACAUUCAAACGGUUGGCAAGCCAACCUGGAAGAGGCAAACAAUGGAGUGUCUUGCAAGCCAUAGCAGCUGAGCGAGAUGCUCCCAGAGAUGCUUUGGAAGAACAUAAUGCCAUGCAUAGGGUUGAAGAAGCUAAAGCUGCUGCAAACAGAUCAGUGGAGCAAGCUGUAGCCAAGCGAAGGAGAGCUCAGAUUCUGAUGGAGAUUGCGGAUUUGGCAGCUUACAAAGCCACCAAGGCACUUAGAAUUGCGGAUGCGGCCCGAAUUGGUGCAUCCCCGGAUGCUUCUGCUGCCUGUUUUCUUGAGUAAAGGGUGUAGGUCUUGCCGGAUGCUGCUACCGUGGAAUUGAAAUGCCCCAAACUGGUAAUUACAGGAGUAAUGCUGUGGGCGAGGACGACAUUUUGAGGGGGGAAAGCAAUGUAAUUUUGUAGAUAUUUGAUUGAAUGUACAUUAUGUAUCAUUGUCACCUCACACCCAACGCUGCGCAUAAAGAGGGGGUGGAAAAGAUUCACUUCAUUUCGUCCAGAACAACGAAGAAUAUGAAAAAGGAAAAAAGAGAGAUGGUAUAGUGGGUUUUUAGAGUAAUAUGCCGCUGCUCUGAUGUAACUCGUGGAUUACUCUAGAAAUUUUUUUUUUCCCUUUUGGGCAGUGAUUGGUUAUAUUAGUGGACUGACGUGCCUGGAUGUUGUACUGGAUAGGCUUAAGAGAAAUUGUGUUUUUAUAUAAUCAAAUAUUGUUGAAAAUAAAAGUUUGUACUCUUAAAUAUAUUUUUUGGAAAAAUGGUUUAUUCA